CGCACGAAGCAGCCCACCAGAGCGGAGCGUGCAUGUGAGCGCGUGCCCGCCUCUGCCUCGCGGUGUGUGCGCGUGCAGACAGACAGAGGCUGCAGCCGGAACCUCACCGGGACGUUUUUUAAAGCCUUCGGUGUGCUGCAGUCACCGGGAGCAGAACCGGAAACGAACCGCAGAUCCUUUUUUUCUUUCUUUUCAUGUUGCCGUGGAAACAUCUUCUUCUUCUUCUUUUUCUUCUUCUUCUUCUUCUUCGUCUGUUUGUUUGUGUUCUGCUGGAACAUGAAGCUGCAGGAAGCGACUGACUGAAGAUCUGAGCAGCUCGUCUGACAGGCUCAUCAUUAUGCUGUCCAGGUGGCCCCGCUCCUCACCCCUCCUCUUGCUGCUGCUCGUCCAAUCAGCUGUGUCCUCUCUGUCCGCUGACAACGCUACAGAGGAGCUGCAGGAGGUGACUCUGGCAGCCAUCUUGCCCCAGACGAACACGGACUAUGCGUGGUCAUGGCCUCGCGUGGCGCCGGCGCUGCAGCAGGCAGUGCGGCAGGUGAACUCUGACCCAUGGCUGCUGCCGGGUCUGAAGCUGCGGCUUGUUCACGGCAGCUCAGAGAACCGCGACGGCUUCUGCUCCGACUCCAUAGCGCCACUGGUCGCCGUCGACCUCAAGCUGUCCCAUGACCCCUGGGCCUUCAUCGGGCCCGGCUGCGAUUACUCGUCCUCGCCAGUUGCCCGCUUCACCACGCACUGGGAGGUUCCCAUGGUGACGGCUGGUGCCCGCGCCAUCGGCUUUGAGAUGUACACGGCGGUCACCAACACGGGCCCGACCCACAAGAAGCUGGGCGAGUUCGGCAUCAAGAUCCAGGAGACGUUUGGCUGGCGGCGGCACGCCAUGCUCAUCUUCAGCAACAACAAGGACGCCAACGACGACCGGCCCUGUUACUUUGCCGUUGAGGGGCUCUACACAUUGCUAGGCAACCGCAACAUCAGCAUCCACGACUACGUCAUCGAGGUCGACAAUGUCGACUACAAGUUGAUGAUCCAAGAUAUCCGUGAGAACGGCCGAGUGGUAUACGUGUGCUGCUCCUGGGACAUAUUCAGGACUCUGAUGGUCAAGCUCUGGAAUGAGGGGCUGGAGUUGGAGGACUACGUGUUCUUCUUCAUUGAUCUUUUUGCGGAGGGUUUGGGGCACCAGGGUCCCGUCAGGCCGUGGCACCGGGGAGAACCCGACGACUUCAUCGCUCACCACGCCUUCAGAAGUGUGAAGGUGCUGACCUACCUGGAGCCGCAGAAUCCAGAAUAUCUUCAGUUUGUUGAAACUCUGAAGAAAGACGCAAAGAAAAUGUUCAACUUCACCAUCAAAGACUCUCUGUAUAACCUGAUAGCUGGAGGUUUCCAUGAUGGAGUGAUGCUGUACUCUCAGGCUCUGAAUGAGACACUGAGCGAGCAGAACUGGAGAGGAGGAGGAGGAGGAGGAGGAGCAGUCCAGAGGCCCAGAGGAGACGUGGUGACCAGGAAGAUGUGGAACAGAACCUUCCCAGGAGUGAUGGGAAUGGUGGAGAUGGACACGUUGGGAGACAGACAGAUGGACUUUGCUGUCUGGGACAUGACGGACUACGAGUCUGGAGAGUUUCAGGUGGUGUGUGUGUAUAACAGCAGUAAGAACCAGCUGGUCAUGCAGAGUGGGCGGAGCUUCCAGUGGCCUGGUGGCUCUCCACCUCCAGAUAUCCCCGAGUGUGGCUUCAAGAACGACAAUCCAGCCUGCCUUACACGUACAAUUACAAUGCAUCAGAUGGUUGCCAUAGUGAUCUGCUUCGUGUUUGUCAUCAUUGUUACCAUCACCGUCUUUAUCUACAGGAAGCUGAAGCUGGAGAGCGAGCUAGCAGCUCAGCUGUGGAGGGUUUCCUGGGAUGAUGUCCAGAUGAGUAACCUGGAUAAAGUCCUGCGGAGAGCCUGCAGCAGACUCACCAUGUCUCUGAAAGGAUCCAACUACGGCUCUCUGAUGACCAUGGAGGGAAACUUCCAGAUCUACACUAAAACUGGAUACUAUAAGGGAAACCUGGCAGCCAUAAAGUAUAUCAACAAAAAACGCAUGGAACUGACCAGGAACGUUCUGUUUGAACUAAAACAUAUGCGUGAUGUUCAGAAUGAACACCUGACCCGCUUCAUCGGCGCUUGCAUUGACCCACCAAAUAUGUGCAUCAUCACAGAGUACUGUCCUAGAGGCAGCCUGCAGGACCUGAUGGAGAGCGACAGCAUCACACUGGAUUGGAUGUUCAGAUACUCCCUCAUCAAUGACAUUGUCAAGGGCAUGGCGUUCCUCCACAACAGCGUCAUUGUCUCCCACGGCAACCUGAAGUCAUCAAACUGUGUGGUGGACAGUCGCUUCGUCCUGAAGAUCACCGACUAUGGUCUGGACAGUCUCCGAAACUCCAGCUGCCCCGAGGACACACACGCAUACUACGCCCGUAAGCUCUGGACGGCACCAGAGCUGCUGAGGAUGGACUGUCCUCCUCCCUGUGGGACUCAGAAAGGAGACGUUUACAGUUUCGGCAUCAUUCUGCAGGAAGUGGCUCUGCUGAGAGGAGUUUUCUACCUCGACACACACACUCUCACUCCCAAAGAGAUUGUUCAGGCAGUGUGUCAGGGUGGUGUCCCCCCCCUCCGUCCCUCCCUCUGCUCCCACAGUCACAGUGAGGAACUCGGAGUCCUGGUCCAGCGCUGCUGGAGCGAAGAGCCGAGCGACCGACCCGACUUCAGCACCGUGAAAAUACUGCUGAGGAAACAACACAGGGGUUACGGCUCCAACAUCCUGGACAACCUGCUGUCUCGUAUGGAGCAGUACGCCAACAACCUGGAGGAGCUGGUGGAGGAGCGAACACAGGCAUACCAUGAAGAGAAACGCAAAGCUGAAGCCCUGCUGUACCAGAUACUACCACAUUCGGUGGCCGAGCAGCUGAAACGAGGUGAGACGGUUCAGGCCGAAGCUUUUGACUCUGUAACGAUCUACUUCAGCGACAUCAUCGGCUUCACUGCCCUGUCUGCUGAGAGCACGCCACUGCAGGUUGUGAACUUGUUGAACGACCUCUACACCUGUUUUGAUGCCAUCAUCGACAACUUUGAUGUUUACAAGGUGGAGACGAUCGGUGACGCCUACAUGGUGGUGUCGGGUCUGCCGGUGAGAAAUGGGAAGCUGCAUGGUCGGGAGGUCGCACGCAUGUCGCUUGCCCUGCUGGAUGCCGUCAAGAACUUCAAGAUCCGACAUCGACCAAACCAGCAGCUCAAACUGCGUAUCGGCAUACACAGCGGUCCAGUGUGUACAGGUGUGGUUGGGCUGAAGAUGCCCAGGUACUGUCUGUUUGGAGACACAGUCAACACGGCGUCACGCAUGGAGUCCAACGGAGAAGCUCUGAAGAUUCACUUGUCGGAGGCGACUCGGCUGGUCGUGGAGGAGUUCAGCUGCUUCCAGCUGCAGCUCAGAGGAGAGAUUGAAGUGAAGGGCAAAGGUCGCAUGAGGACGUACUGGCUGCUGGGAGAGAGCAACAGCAACAAGUGACCGAGAGAGAGAGAUUUAUCAGUGAUGAGAUGGAGAGAGGAAGAGUUAAAGGAAAGUUCAGAAAACAUGUUUAUUUGUUUGUGACAGAAAGAAACAAAGACAGAAAGAUAUCAGACAGAUAGAAGGAUGUUUGAGGUCAAAGGUCACACUAACACCAAACAGACUGAUUGACUGACUGACAGGUCUUAAACACCUCCUCCUCUCUGAUUGAACGUUUACCUCUGACAUCAUUUAUCAUGUUGACUUUGCAGAACUCAAACUAAAAAAACAGACAGACGAAUGUUUUACUGUAAACUAAAACAUCUGAAAACCAAAAGUUUAGUUAGU